AUGAACAGCGAAAUCGAUUUCUUGAUGAUCUCUCCAACUUCGUCAAAACAUAAGAAAAGGAAGACCCCAAUUCCAUCACUUCCCAAUGAUUUGCUAUUGACUUGCUUCGCACGCCUAUCAAGAUUGUACUACCCGACUCUCUCUUUAGUCUCCAAAAGCUUUCAAACCCUCGUCGCUUCACCGGAGCUAUACAAGACUCGGUCUUUGUUAAACCACAGAGAGAGUUGUCUCUACGUGUGCUUAAAGUUCCCUCCUGACUAUGACCCACGUUGGUUCACUCUCUCCCGGAAACCUAAUAAAACCCUAACCAAGAGGAAGACGACCAAGUCAAGUGGAUACGUUUUAGUCCCAAUCUCAAUUCAUAAUUCACCUCCAUCGAACCAACUUCUCUGCAACGGUCUUGUAGCGCUUGGUUCUAAUAUCUACGUUUUCAAUGCGUCAUCGUCUAGCGUCUCGAUCCUGGAUUGCCAGUUUCAUACGUGGCAUGAGGCUCCAAGCAUGCUGAUGAAGCGGAAUUAUCCUGCUGUUAAUGUUGUUGAUGGAAAGAUAUAUGUAGCAGGAGGAUUUGAUGAAGAAUUCGAUUCAAAGUGGAUGAAGGUCGAUUCCUCAAACUGGAUGGAGGUUUUCGAUCCAAAAACUCAAUCCUGGGAGCCUGUCAAGAGCCCUUCAUCAAAGAGAAUAUAUGGACGUAUAUACAAGAGCGCAGUGAUUGGAGGAGAAAUCUACAUGUUGCAUAAAGGUGUGUCUUACAAUCCAAAACAAGAUAGAUGGGAAAAUGUAAGAAAGUGGAGUUUGGAGUCAGCUAAAAGGUUUUUGCUAUCCUAUUGUGUGAUAGAUGACGUACUCUAUAGUUAUUAUGAAGGUGGAAUAAAAUGGUACAGCUCUGAGAUAGAUAGGUGGAUGAACUUGAAGGGCUUGGAAGGAUUGCCUAAGUUUGCUAGUUAUGGUUAUAUUAAGUUGGGGGAUUAUGGUGGAAAGAUGGCGGUUUUUUGGGACAAGUAUACGGCUUCUAAUGGGUGCAAGAAUACGACGUUUUGGUGUGCAGUGAUUUCCCUUGAAAGGCUUAACACUCAGGAGAUUUGGGGAAAGGUCGAGUGGUUUGAUGCUAUGCUUACAGUUCCUAAGUCUUAUGAAUAUGUGGGUGCUCUUGCUGUUACUCUUUGA